AUGAGUGACGAAGCGCCUGCCUCGCAAACUUUCACUGCUGCGGAUCGCAUCCGGCAAUUGAAUGACAUCGACCAGGAUGUGGCUAAAUUGAUUCACUCCGCGGGCCUCGCGAUCCAAGCGCUCACCAACACCAAGCCCGACGCCGAAACACCAAUUGACGGCACUCUGGAAUCCCGCAAAGCCCAAUUCAAAGAAGCUACCGCGAAAUACUUCUCUCUGCUAUCCUCCAUCGAUGUCCGGCUGCGCCGACAAGUCUACGCCCUUGAAGAAGCCUCCCUUUCUACACCCGAUAUGGCUGCUAAACCGGGCGAUGCUGCCGGCGCGGGCGCUGGUGCAGCUGGUGCCGCGGGAUCCGGUUCUGGUUCUGCAAACCCUCUGGAUGUCAGCUGGCUGAACAGCCGGAAGGAUACGGUCGGAAAGGACAAGGAAGCCGAGCUGUGGGCUGCCGCGAGAGAGUUUGUGGGACAACUGGACAAUGCGCCUAAUGGAUCGCAUGGCUCGGUCAAUCAAGAGGGGAACGAGUCUGAGAAGAUGCAGAUUGAUUAA